AAAGCUGACUAACUUGCGACAUCUCCAUGUUAAGAAAAGUGAUGCUCUCAAGUUGCCGAAAUCAAUUGCCAAGCUGACGAGUCUACAGACUCUAGAUCAAGUUAAUAUUUUUGGCGACGGCUUCCAUUUAAGUGAUUUGAGAAACAUGGAUCAGCUUCAGGGAAAGCUUUUGAUAAACUGGAAGGGCCCAGUGUUUGAUGGCGCCAAGAAAGCAAACUUGGUGAACAAGAAACACCUUGUUUCGUUGACACUACGUCUUUGGGGUGGGGAAAGCGACGAAAUGCUGAAUGCCUUACAGCCGAAUCCAAAUCUGGAAUCUUUACAGAUCCAACGUUACAGUGGCAACACAUUGUGCCCUAACUGGAUGAGCAUGUCAUUAAAUAAUUUGAGAUACCUUGCCUUGGUUAAAUGCCGUCGGUGUGAAUUUGUUCCCCUUCUGGUUUUGGGGAAAUUGGUGUCCCUAGAAGUACUGCAAAUUGUCCAUAUGUAGAAAGUGAAAAAGCUGGGAUUCGAGUAUUCCCAGCUCGACUCAUUCUCCUCAUCUUCAUCAUCACUUGAACUCACUUUAUUCCCAUAUCUGAAGACACUGGUGUUGAAGGGCCUGCUUGAGUGCGAGGAGCGGGAAGGAAUUCCAGCUGGGUUUGAGUGCAUGUACUAAGGUAAUGCCAUGCCUUUCUACUUUGCUAAUUCAAUGGUGUGACAUCCUGAAGACACUGCCAGACUUCCUUUGGAAGACGCCGCUCCAGAAUUUGAGCAUCGAUACCAUGGAUGCGUGUACGGUUCUCACACAAAGUUACAAAAACAGAGGAGGCAUGGAGUGGCGCAAGAUCUCUCACAUCCCAAACAUCAAAAUUAAUGGAGAGUUUAUACAAAAAGACAGAGUCUAGAUCCAACAACAACAAGAAGAAGAAGAUUGACUUCAUCAUGUCACCCCAACCCAUCUGCUGCUUCAUCCUCUCUGUUUGAAGACACAAAUGUCAUCUUUAAGGAUGAAGCACAGUCAGAACAGAUAGAAGAAUCUCUAGUCUAACAUUGCAGUAGUAAUGCAAAACUUCUUGUCAUCUACAGCUUCAUCAAGUGUUUCUGUCAGUCUGUGUGUCAUAGUAACAACAUGGGAUGAUCGAUUAUUGAUGCCGGCUGGUUGCUAAUUAAGGUCAUCCACUGUCAACAAAUGAUCUUAUAAAUGAGUUCACACACAUUGUAUGCACUGAAGCAGGCUUGUCACGAAGUACAUGAUAUAUUGAUGGAUGCUGAUCAGCGUCUCAGAGAGGCAGUUCUGCAGCCAUGUUUCUCCUUCGGCAGAAGUUACAUUUUUGACAAGCUGAAAACAUUGGCAGACUUCUUCAGAAGAUGCUGAUCGAGAAUUUGAUCAUAUGCAAAUGAGUUUGUCUAGCAAUGCUUUUAAAAACAGUGGAGUCCUCAAGUAGUGGCCCAAAAUUUAUUACAUCGAUCCCACACCAAAAUUUGAUAUCUUAGCCCCCAAAAAAAAUUGAUCCCGAGUUUGUACAAAAAGAAGGAAGUGUGGAUCCAACAAAAAGAAAAACAAGACUUGAGUUCAUCAUGUUAUCCCCACUUGUCUGGCAGCUAUUCUUUCUUUCUGUAAUUUGGGGAGCAGUUGGGGUGAAAUUCUACAGGACUAGAGUGACCGGGUGGUACCAUUCAGUCAUUCACAUCCUCAUAUUACAGUUCUUCCUUCCCAUGUUGAAUUGCAACGAGUACUAUAUCAUGAGGAGCGAGCGGCAUUUAAGCAAUCUUGCUAAAUAUGAGGGAUGGGAAAUUAAUGCAUCCACUUACUUUCAUAUAUCACACAUCAAUGCAUCAAUCAUCGAAUAUUGCUGGCAUUGCUCGUCGAUGAAGUGAAGGGUUUGGAGAAGAGAAGCGAGUCAAGUUCUGGAUGUUCUUGUCAAGUUUCAUCAUCUGCACUGCGUGGAAGGUGCUCCUUUAGGCCAUCGGGAAUUGUUUUGUCCUACUAGAUCUAUCAGUCCAAGACUCCAAGGAUUGUAGCCGGUCCUGAUAGUCGAAGUGGAAAAAGCAUCGUCGAUCAUAUAUAGCUAGCGCGCGCAAUUAAGGGAAAUUUAUGGAAUAUACAUG